CCUGAUCCUGGUCUGGACUCUGUUCCUGGUCUGGAUUCUGAUCUUGAUCCUGGUCUGUACUCUGAUCCUGGUCUAGACUCUGAUCCGAUCUGGACUCUUAUCCCGAUCCUGGUGUGGACUCUGAUCUUGAUCCUGAUCUGGAGUCUGAUCCUGGUCUGGAGUCUGAUCCUGAUCCUGACUCUGAUCCUGAUCCUGAUCUGGACUCUGAUCCCGAUCCUGGUGUGGACUCUGAUCUUGAUCCUGAUCCUGGUCUGACCCUGAUCCUGGUCUGGAUUCUGAUCCUGAUCUGGACUCUGAUCCCGAUCCUGGUCUGGACUCUGAUCCCAAUCCUGGUCUGGACUCUGAUCUUGAUCUGGACUCUGAUCUUGAUCCGGACUCUGAUCCUGGUCUGGACUCUGAUCCUGAUCCUGGUCUGGACUCUGAUCUGCAGUCUGAUCCUCAUCCUGGUCUUUAGUCUGAUCCCGAUCCUGAUCUGGACUCUGAUCCCAAUCCUGGUCUGUACUCUGAUCCUGGUCCUGGUCUGCACUCUGAUCCCGAUCCUGGUUUGGACUCUGAUCUUGAUCCUGAUCUGGACUCUGAUCUUGAUCCGGACUCUGAUCUUGAUCCUGGUCUGGACUCUGAUCCUGAUCUGGAGUCUGAUCCUGAUCCUGGUCUAGAGUCUGAUCCUGAUCCUGAUCUGGACUCUGAUCUUGGUCUGGACUCGGAUCCUGAUCUUGGUCUGGACUCGGAUCCUGAUCCUGGUCUAGACUCUGAUCCUGGUCUGGACUCUGAUCUUGAUCCUGAUCUGGACUCUGAUCUUGAUUCUGGUCUGCAGUCUGAUCCUGAUCUUGUCUCUCUGUCCCUCAGUGGUCCACGAGAUGAACGGUGAAGACGGCGUCCAGCUGCUCAGCUCCUCCGAGGUCGAAGACCUGAUCCAUAAAGCCGACGAGGCCUCGAUGAUGUCGCAGACUGUUGCCACGGUGACUUCCCUCCCGACAGCGGAGGUCCAGGAGGAGGUGGUUCCCGAGCUGCCACCACCAACGGAGAUCACCGGGCUGGAAACCAAAGUGGGCGGUGAGCCGAGCAUGGCCGAGGCCAGCGCCGAGAACCCCGUCACCAUGGUGUUCAUGGGAUACCAGAGCGUGGAGGACGAGGAUGAGACCAGGAAGGUUCUGGGUCUGCAGGGGACGGUGAAGGCAGAGCUCGUGCUCAUCGAUGACGCCAACGGGAAAACGUCACCGGGCGGAGAGAAGGAGGAGGCAGUGGUUGGCACUCAGACACCAGCUCCGCCUCCAGCUGCCUCCUCCGCCCCACCGCCCUCCACCAAACCUCCAGGGACACAGCCGGCGGCGAGCAAUGGUGAGACGGCAGAGGAGGUGAAGGGAGGAGCGGUGGAGAUAAAGAAGGAGAAACAGCCGUGUAAGUGCUGCAGCAUCAUGUGAUCCUGCAGAAAGUCAAAUCAUACAAGAAUAAAAAGGACGGAGACUUUUCAGGACACAGACUCCACCCACUGCCCUCAGCCCCGCCUCUAACAACAUGACAUCAUUUCCUGUUUCUUCAUUCUCCUGUUUUAUAAAACCUCUCUUUACUUUUUCUAUUUCCCUGAAACCUUUUUACUUUUGUACUCCUCCUGUCUGCUCGAUGCAUCUGAUUAGCAUUAGCAUUAGCAUUAGCCACGCAGUCGUCACUGUGAAAUCAGACAGUUAAUAAUUCUAGAGUUUGUAUUUAUUUGAUUUUGUAAGUUCCUGUUUGUUUUUAGUUUUAAAAAGAAAAUAAACUGAUCUGACCGACAAGUCGACCCUGAACGCAC